CUUUUUAAUCCUUUUGCUGUUGUUUAAAUUAUGUUUUUCUAUCUCUAAUUUAUUUGCCUGCAAUGUUAACUAAUGAAUAAUAAUUUGUUUAUAAAUUAAAUCCUAGUUCUAGCCGAAUUUAAAGUUUAAACAAAAAUAUAUGCAAAGAACCUUAAAACUGAGUGAACUUUCGGCCCACAACUUCUGCCUCUGCCUUUGUCCUUGUUUUCUACACUCCUUUCCGCAGACCUUUCACUUUUCGCAUUAGCUAAUUGACGUUGGUAAUUUCCGCAUUCUGUUGGAGGCCAAAAACUAGACAGAAAUAUCACCCCAAAGAACCUCUAAAACUGUCAGAAGGGGGGCUGGGGCGGUGCCUGUCCUGUGUUUAGGGGUGGGCUAUCGUUGUCCCUGGCAACUGUGGCUUUUGCUCCAAUCGAUAAAAAAGUCAACAAGCAAGUCGGAAAUGUCGACGCAGAGCGAAUGGCACAGGAAUUUGGGUUGAUUACGUUUUAGCAUCGAAAUAAAUUCCCUGUUUAGAGUGUGGCCUCAUUGGGCGAGGACUGAGGGCAGUAAACUAACCCAUGGGCCGCUAGAAGGAGCAGCAGAAGGAGCAGCAGCGCCAGUGGAAGAAUGACCCCAAAGCGUAAGCGUCGCGGACGCAGCGAGUCUCGGGCCAAGAGCAAAGCCAAGCUGCAGGCAGAGCAUCUGCAGCUGCUGCAGGAACUGGAGUUGGCCGACAGCUGCUGUGACAUUUGCCACUGCGAUUGCUACAGCGCACACAGCAGCAGCGGCAGUGCGAGUGGACAGCAGAAGGCGCAUAACGAGGAGCUGCAGCAGUUGGAUCAGGACAUACAGGCUCUGGAGCACUUGCAGCGCAGGGAGAGUGCCCGAACGCGAACGAAUGCAACAUCCGCAGGCAGAAGGAGUCACAGCAGUCAGCGGCAACGAAGUGCUUCCAGAUCUCCCACUGAGGUGAAGUCUCAGAGCAGACGCGGCUCCGCAGAGUGCCAGCCGCGUGCCUCGACUUCAGGCAGGAGUCGAAGGUCCAAGAGCGCCGGCAGUCAGAGGAGUGACUCCAGACAGGAACAGGUGGAGGCAAAGCCACAGCCGCGACAGCGACGCGGUGCACAAAGGGACUGCAAGAUGCUGCAGCACUUUCUUGCACCUCUCUGCGAUGCUCCUGCUCUCUCCGUCCAGGGCAGAGGCAAGUCCAAGUCGCAGGAGAACAUGGCGCUGGUGCCGCUCGCCCAGGCACAGGCGCAGCGCAAACGCAGCGAUGGCAAGUCCCUGUGCGCCUCCAUGGCCAGCCUGUGCCUGGCGCCGACCGUGCGUGCAGCCUACCAGCAGAUACCGGACCACGACCAGAAGAUACUCAAUCGCAUGGCCGUGAAGCGAAGCCAGCAGGCGGCGGACAAGGAGCAUGCCUGGCUGGCGCGCAAGUACUGGGAGAACGAGCGACUGGAGCGGCAGCUGCUCAAGGUCGAGCAGGUGGAGGAGUACAAGCGGGCGGUGCAUGACAAACAGUUUCAGGACUACCUCAUGACCAAGGCCCGCCUGCAGGCGUUGGCCGAGCGGGAUCUGGCGGAGCUGCGGCGCCUGCGCGGCGCUCUGGAUGCCAAGGAUGCGGCGGCCAAGCAGCGCCUCGCCUCCAUGCGACUGGAGCGGGAUAUGACGCUCUGCCAGCGGCGCUGCGAGGAGCUGCGUCGCAGCGAGGCCGUCACCGUGCACCAGGAGGAGCAGUACCUGGACUCCACUCUCCGCAAGCGCGACAUUUGCAUGCGGCUCAGCCAGCGCCUGCGUCGUGCCGAUGAGCUGCGCGGCCAGCUGCUGGAGGCGUAUCUGCGGCGUUUGCAGCACGACAACUACGUGGAGCAGGCACAGCACGAGGAGCACUGGCGCGAGCGGCAGCAUCUGGAGCGGCUGAAGCAGCAGCAGCUCAAGGAGGACAUUCAGCGCAAGCGCAGCCAAUCCCAGCGCUUUGUGGAGGGUCGUCAGCGUCGGCAGGAGGCGCGUUUUCGCACGGCCAAGAUCUCGGCGAGCCUCAGGGAGCUGGUGCGUUCGUCGGUAACGCCUGAGGGUGGCGCUGCAGCAGCUGUGGCGCCGGAUCAGCAGGCGCUCAACUCUUAUGCCCAGCGGCAGGUGCAAUUGGGGCGUUUCCUCUUCGAGCGUUGAGGUUUAG